GCCGCGGGCUCCCCGCGAGGGGCCUGUCCUGUAGCCUGAGCCUGGGCCCGGGCGGGCGUCCCCGGGCUGCGCGGAGCCGAGGGAAGGCAAGGCUAGGGGGCCGGCCCCGCCCCUCCCCCGGCGUCCCGCCCGCAGCCGCGCGCCGGGCCCGAGAUGCCGUCGCCGUCGCCGCCUCCUCCAGCCUCGGCUCAGUCCGUCCGUCCCUCCGACGAGCAGCAGGAGGCCGGGGCGCCAGCACCGCCGCCGCCCCUGCCUCGCACUCCGGUGGGUUUCGUUUCGUGUUUAGAAGUCGAGGAGCCCGGCAUGGAAACGGAUGCCCAGAAGCUGCAGCUCAACUGCGUGGACGCCGAGGCCGAGACCUCCUCCUGCACCUCCUCCUCGUCCUCGGCUGCGGACGCCACGGCCAAGGGCAGCCCGCAGGCUGACCAGACGCAGGGGGGCAUCGCCGGCGGCCAGGCCUCGGUCAGCAACGGCGACGACACCGACGCCGAGAAGGAGCUGGUGGACCUGAAGAUCAUCUGGAACAAGAACAAGUACGACGUGCGGGUGCCCCUGGACAGCACGGGGGCCGAGCUGAAGCGCAAGAUCCACUCCAUUACAGGCUUACCACCUGCCAUGCAGAAAGUUAUGUUUAAGGGACUUCUACCUGAGGAGAAAACAUUACGGGAAAUCAAAGUGACCAGUGGUGCCAAGAUUAUGGUGGUUGGAUCUACAAUAAAUGAUGUUUUAGCAGUAAACACACCCAAAGAUGCAGCACAACAAGAAGCAAAAGCUGAAGAGAGUAAGAAGGAGCCACUUUGUAGGCAAAAGCAACACAGAAAAGUGUUAGAUAAAGGGAAACCUGAAGAUGUGAUGCCUUCUGUUAAGGGUGCCCAGGAACGACUGCCAACAGUACCUUUAUCAGGCAUGUACAAUAAGACAGGAGGAAAAGUGAGACUCACCUUUAAAUUAGAACAAGAUCAGUUGUGGAUUGGCACUAAAGGUGUGUGCUACAUGAACUCUGAAAGAUUUUUUAAGAGCGAACUGAAAAAUUACCCAUGGGCUCCAUUAAAAAUGUGGUCAGUGAACCUAUUGAAGGACAUGAAGAUUACCACAUGAUGGCAUUUCAGUUGGGUCCCACCGAAGCCUCUUACUACUGGGUGUAUUGGGUUCCAACUCAGUAUGUGGAUGCAAUCAAAGACACUGUGCUGGGAAAAUGGCAGUAUUUUUGAAAGCACUUUCACCUCUGGCACAGGAGACUGACCCAAAGUGAAGGACAUUGCUGGGAGAGGCCUGCAACAUGCCCGGAUUUCAUAGUCCUGGAACUUUUAUUAAUUCAAAUCUGAGGAGAUAUUGACUGAAGCCAGAGGUGAUGUACUUUCACCAUUAGUUUACUUUUAACUUAAAAUUGCAAAAUCCCUUCCCUUCAGUCAGCUUCAAAACAUAUUUAAAGUGAAUACGGUGGAAAUCAAUAAAUCUUAAUUCAGAACGCGUUGUGUGGAAUACUCUUAAGUGUUCUGAGAGUAGAUCUGCCAAUUUCGUUUAAAACAAAAUGAUCAAAAUAUAUAUCUGGGUUUUUUAAUGUGAUUUGAACUAAAAAUAUUUUCAUAAAUCUUUGGUUGCAAAUGGUUAAUUUGGGCUGAUUUGUUGUGACAGAGUUUGAGGCACAUUUUUUUUUUAAUUUUCCUACAUAUAAAUUGUAAAUGGUAUGCAAAGUUGGAGGGGGGUUAGUAAGCCAUAUUUUUCUGGCCUUUGGUUCAGGUUUGACCUGAAACUUCCCCCUCCCUCUCAACCUUCUCCCUGCUCUCCGCCCCCCCCCCCCAAAAUUGAGCUUUUUAUUUUUUAUUUGUAAAUCCAAAGAUGACUUACUUUUCCUCUUCUCUGUAUUUUGCUACCCCUUCACUUUUCAUUUCCUGUGAUCAUUUUGGUUCUUUCUAUUGUGAUGCUGACUGAUCACACAAUGGGGGAGGGAGGACGAGAGGGAAUUUGGAGGGGACACACCAUUGGGUUUUAAAGGUCAUAUCCUCCAGAUGCUCAUUUUGGGGCAUGGUGACCUCCAAGUCGCUCCCAUCUCUCAUUCUUUUUGAAAACCUACUGCUCUUGGCAAAGCAUCUUGCCCCUGAGGUUCCAGGUUGCCACGCAGAUCACCUGCCACCUUUUAGUGGCUGGCAGAAUUGAGCAUCAGUCCUAAAGUUCCCCAGACUAUCUUGGGUAUGAUUGGUCCAGUGUCAUAACAAUUCAUAGCAGAAAUGGGCACCAAGAGUCCUGGAGGUUUUUCUCUGACAUGGCCUACCACUUCAUUGUGUUGGUUCAUUUGGCCACUGGAGUAAAAAAUAACCAGGUUUGGUUCACGUGUCAUGUGGUGAUGAACAUUCCUAUUUUUCUUCGGACAUCAUUAAGAAACAAUCUUAGGAAGUCUAGCUGUAACUUGAGUCAUGCUUCCUCUUUCUUUUUUGUCAUUCUGCUCACCAGCCAUUAAGUUCAAGUGUCCUUUAUCUCAGGUUCAGUCACACUGACCCUUUCUAUCCUGGAAAGGUGCUUGCCAUGAGUUGAUGAUAUUUAAAAGACAAGACUGACUCCAUUGGACCAGCAUCACAAGAAUCGCCCUUCUCACUUAUGUCCCUUGUGCUCCUGGUAUACUUGGUCAGCUUUUUUUGAUGGAUUGAUAACUUCUGAAGCUAGAGGGAAAACUCCUGUGCUUUUUCUCUUUGCUGUUGUCUUUGAAAUCCCCUCCUCUCAGAUGCAGGCCUCUGGGCUAGGUCUCCAAGCUUAACCUGUCAGCAGCGGCACACCUGACCUGCAGGUUUUAGGUGGCUCCCUUCCCAAUGUGUAGAAUAUAUUUUAGUGUGUGUUUUUGACUGAGAAUGACUAUGCAGUGUAAGCCAGUUGUGAGAGCUGUUCUGUACCCUUCAUGUCUAAUGUGUAGUUUGGGAGUCCAGCUCACACAGGAAGAAUAAUCUGCUGCUUAUUAUAUUGCAGUUGUUCCCUAAGUUAUUUAAUGUAUAGGAAAAUCAUUUUAUCGUCAGUAAGGGCAUAAAUAUUGUAUAUGUGUUGGAAGUUUCUUAGAAACUUUGUUUCCAUCCUUUGAAAGUAGCAGUAACUGCAGCAUUUGUAUAUCAAAUUGUAUAUCAAUGUUCAGUUUCCCUAGCAGGGAGACAGUUAUGGUAUAUGAAGGAAAGUCUGUAUGUCCUACUUCUCAGCAGCCCAUCAGUGCUGCAUUGUACAGCUCUGCAGACCAAAUAGUAACAUCACAGCUAGCAUUCUGGCAUUAGCACGGUCUUCGUUUUCACUCUCUCUCUUCGCUGUAUUCAUUCCUUCAUCUAGUGAUGUCAUUUGAACAAACAUUUAUUAAAACCAUGCUGUGUGUAGAGCACUGUGCCAAGCACUGGAUAAGAUAUGGAGCUUUGAUAAAAUAUGGUCCUUGUCCUCACAGGUCAUAGAUAAAGCCUAGUAUUCUCCAUUUCCUUGUUAAACCCACCCCACUUGCCUCUUCUGGGAAAAAAGUAAUCCUUUUCUCCACCCUGCUUGCCCAAAAUAAUGCUUUCAGAGCCACCAUGGCAUCACCUAUGUUGUUUCCCUUUAUACUUUGGAUAGCCCAUGCUCUGGUGUAUCACCUCCAUCCAGCUGAGCCAUAGUAUUAAAAUUGUUCAAGUUAUUCUCUAUAAUUCUACCCUGUUCCUGAAAACCAAACUGCUUAUCUGCCUAUGGCCACUACACUAAAGUAGGAUUUAAGUUUGGAUGAGUGGUUUUGUUUAGGGUGUGUGUGUGUAUAUGUGUGUGCGUCUUUUUUUUUUUUUUAAGUGAAAUGGUGCUUUUUCCUCCAGAAGUAAUUAUCUAUUAUCUUAGAAUAAUGUAAGUUACACCUUUUUCAUAUAGAGCUGUACAUAAGAGCCAGAGGUUUUAGGAUGCCUAUUACAAAGCUUCCUGUAUUUGUUAGAGAACAUGGUAGGAUUGUCUAACUAUAUGGAUGAGGGGUUUGUAGGUAGUUCUGGGGAAAGAUCUGUCUCAGGGAGAAUAGAAAUAGAAUUUAAAGGAAGCUAUGAAAAAGGUGUUUGAUUUAAGUCUGUGCCCCUUUUGGCAUUCUCUCAUAAGUGUUACCAUCUGUGACUGACCUCAACAGGUUUAUUCAGCCUCGUGGAUUUUUUUUUUAAUCAAAUUUAUAUACAAAGUGGAACCACAGUUCCUCUUAGGGCUAGGGUAAUGGUUCCUUUCUUAGUAUUAUUUCUUUUUUUUUUUUUUUUUUUUGCAGGGCAAUGGGGGUUAAGUGACUUGCCCAGGGUCACACAGCUAUCUUAGUAUUAUUUCUAUAGUCAAUUCUUAGAUCUUCUCCCCACAUCCCCAAAUCUGUAUGAGAAAAGAAAUUUCUUUUUUCUGAGUUUGGUUGAUUUCCCUGACUGUGAUGAGGUGCAUAUAAUAGCCUAAGGAAAGGAGAAUAGUUUAAUCUAUCCAGGCUUCAAAUUUUGUUUUGCUUUCCCUCCCCCACCCCUAAUUUGUGGGGAAGAUAGUGAAAGUUAUAGCGUAUAAGUUGAUUUCCUUGGAAAUGAAAGGAGAGCACAUUUAUCAUUUGAGAGACUGGAUGCUCUUAGCUUGAUGUCUCAUUCAUUUCAAAGAUUGUUACAUGCUUCCUGGACUUUGUGUUCUUUGCAGAAUAUUAAUGUCUGACGCUCUGUUCCUAUAUGUUCUUACAGGCAUAAAACCUUGGCAUUUUAUAAGAGGCCAAGAUACUGAGAUCACUGCUGAGGGCUGGCUACUUGUUAUUCUUUCUAUCUCACUUGGCCUGCUCAGUCAUCCUAGAAACAAGAAAAUCUAUAAAAUUUGGAGCUUUUUGAUAUCAAGCAAAUCUCUUACUCCAAUCUGGAACUUCUCCUGGUAGCACAAUUUAAAUGAAAUUGGACUAAGCUAAGGAUGCACUUUGUUGUAAUGCUUGGGCACAGUCUUAGAGAGGUGGAUUAGCAGAAGGCCAAGCCUUCUCUCUCUAAUGAGUAUGGUGCCGUUAUUACAUGGACUUCUUAGGGAGUUGCUGCUUUGCAUUAAAAGGGCCAAAGAGAUGAACUUUCCCACAUUGCCACAUCUGUAAAAAGUUGCCAUAUUCCAACAAGAACUCUUUCUUCUUGUUCUAGUUCUAAAAUGUGUCUAUUGAAGCAAACCCAAGUGUGAUGUCCUAACUCCCUUCCCCCUUGUUUGGUGUGCCAAUUAAGCAGUGCAGGGCAGGAUUUCUUUGGGCAGACAUCAUUCACAAUUUGUUUCUUUUUGUUGUUGUUUUCAACUCUGGUCUUAUUCAUCCAUCUUGUCUUAGAGAGAUUUUUUUUUUCCCUUGGUGUCAUGGGGCUUACAGAAAUUCAUCUCCUGAUAGGUUUGGUUCCUCUGAAGUUAGGGGGUCAGGAGAGCUGUGGUGAUGCAGCACUUGAUGGCUUUACCUUCUAGGCUAGGUGUGGCUUCAGUGAUUGUGAUUUCUGACUGCUUUCUUACUUUCUAAGCAACUUAUUUUUUAUUUCUCAAAAAGAACUUCCGCUGCAGAAUUAUUUGAAAAUGAAAUAGACAUAAGUACCACUUGGAUGGUAUUUUUAUUUUAUUUUUAAAUAAUCAAAUGCCUGUUUGGGGGUAAAUGAAAAAUAUUUAGUCUAUUAGAUUUGCACUGCUGGAUUUUUUAAGUGUAAUCUCUACUGGUUAUCUCAUUGUUUAUUCUGUAAGAUUAGUCUUACCAAUUAAAGUUUGAUAAUUAA